CCUCUCUUUCCGUUGUAGCCACAUACGCUCGAUGCCCCUGAUCUUAGCCUCUGCCAGCUGCAGCUUUGCCACAGGUUUCCUCAUCUUGAUUGGCAUGUCAAUAUUCACAGCUGUCUACAGGAGGAGCAAGCCAUAUACCCUGUAUUUAGUCAUCUUUGGUUCAUCCUAUGGCUUGGCCUGGGCCUGCAUCCCAAUGUAUACCGUAACUGACUCUGUGAAGAAUGAUGACAAAGACUCAAUCCGGAAGGUCUCCGGCUUCCAGGGGGAAGAAAAGGGGUGCAGUGGAACCAUUUCAGAAGCCAGUGAUGUUUGAAGAUGUGGCUGUGUAUUUCACGGAGGGCCAGGGGCUCUUACUGGACCCACAACAAAGAUCAUUGUACAGGGACGUCAUGAUAGAGAACUACAAGAAUGUCACUUCACUGGGAUUUCCAAUCUCCAAGCCUGACCUUAUCAUCCAGCUGGAACGAGGAGAAGAGCCGUGGGUGCCAGACCUUCAGGCCUUGGGUGAAAUGCUGAUCUCUGGCUCCACACCAGGGGAAGCUGGAAUCUAUCCAACAGAUGGUCCCUCCAGAGCUGUCCUGGCUGUGCCCAAGAGCCAGUGGAGAAGAACUUCAGGUCGAAGAUCUCAAGUAAUCUAGGACAGUGAUGGAGGGCUCUUUGCUUAUGGGUGCAUUUCUUCUUGGAGGAAUUGUUAUACUAAAUUUGUCAUAUUUCAAUUUGUGAAUAAAAUAGUUGUGCCUGACCUUGCCUUUGUCCUUCUGAUAUGAAGGCAGAGUCAGCUGAAAGAUAAAGCC